AAUCCGCUGCCGCAGCAGAUCAGAUGAGCGGCCGGGUAACGCCGAGGAAGGGGGGGUGCGCAGUCGGUCGGUCGGUCGGCGUAAAACGGUCCGAAAAAAUAACAAUAACAAAAAUAAAAUAGCCACAGAUUAAUCAUAGUAAUAAGAAACUAAACGCGGAGGACCGUGUAACGACGAUUUAUCGACGACCGACCCCCUACAGCUCCUCCUCUCUCGAUAUACGCUAUAUAGGAAGUUAAAGGUCACUGUCUGCGCGCUCCCGUUUUUGUUCUUGGGAAAAAAAAGAAAAGGCCGCGACUAUUCGCGAGCUCCCGUUUUUAUUCCCGUAUUUUGACGCAAAUAAAUGGGUGAUUACGGCUUCGGCUUGUUACAGACAGCAAGUCUCGACAGCGGCAGCGCACUGUUCGGCGCAUUCAGAUCGUCCUAUUCGAGCCUCUCCCCGGUCACCGGUGACCUCCUCCUCCCCACCGCCUCUCCUCCGUCUCUCUCCCGCAGCAGCAGUGCAGCAGCGUCCCCGCUCUUCCCGUCGGCCGCCGCGCCCCGGCGAAUCAUGCAGGAUGAGCCCGCGGGGGUGACAGCCUCGCGGCGUCAGGUCGCGUCCACUGAGUCGAGCGACGAGGCCGGAAACGCGGCGGCCGAGCGAUCGCCACCCACCGGUGGCGACAACGGAACCGGCCAUACCCACACGGACUACGACUUCAGCGACUAUAAGGCCGGACAAGGCCGCUUCGGUGCUGUCGCGUCACUACGUGACCUUGAGAGAGAAAGGAACGAAAAUCAGCACGCAGAGUCUGAGUGCGCCCCCGAAGGCCCCGGUCAGCUCCCGGAGGACGCUCUGACCGAUGCUGCGGCGCCAUCGAGCGCAUCCGUGAGUCCCAACAAGGUCCAGAUCCGAAUGGAGCCCACAAGUGCGCAUCUCGCGGCGGCCUUUACGAGCCUCCCGCACCACGAGACCUCGACUGCUUCCCCCUCCCUGCCCGGGUUCGGUGCACCGUGGUCGGUGCACACGAGCUCCCCCCCUCCGCCUGUAUCCAACAACGGGAGUCACAUUAUGCCUGGGACCGAACCCGAUGGAGGAUUCUACCCAGGAAUCCCGUCUUCAGUGAAUCCCGGCUUCUUUCAAAGCUUCUCACCCGGUGUGAACGCGCACGGGUUCGGCGCUCCGUUCUCGCCGCAGAUGGGCGGCGCUCCGCCGCAGCACGCGCCCAGCCGCCGCUCCCCGCUCAGCCCGCAGCACGGCACCUUCCUGCAGCAGAGGAACAGCUACAACCAGCAGCAGCCCCUGAUGAAACAGUCUCUGUGGGGCAGCGGCUGGAACUCGGCAGGCGUGUCCUGGGGCAGGGACCAUCGAGGGCGUGGCGUGGGCAUGGCUGUGCCUGUCUCGCUCGGCCAGAUCUCGCCCAUGAAGAAGCCGUUCAGCAGCGGGAGUGUCAUCGCCCCGCCCAAGUUCCCACGCUCCGGGGCUUCACUCGCCCCUAAGCCAUGGAGUGACGACAAUGUUUUCCGUACCGACAACAACAGCAACACACUGCUGCCUCUGCAGGAUCGCGGCAGAAUGUACGACAGUCUGAACAUGCACUCACUGGAGAGCUCUCUGAUCGACAUCAUCAGGGCCGAGCAGGACCCUCUGAAAGGCCGCAUGGGAUGCCCACAUCCUGGCGCCGAUGGCCUGCUCAUGCUCAAUGCAAGGAGUUACGGCAGACGACGAGGACGCUCCUCCCUCUUUCCAAUUGACGACGGUCUCCUUGACGACGGCCACGGCAACCAGGGCGUACCCGGAGUUCUGGGGUCUUCCGGUUAUCCGCAUCAGAACGGCGAGCGCAUCGAGAGGUUCUCGCGGAAGGUGUUCGUGGGCGGUCUGCCCCCCGAUAUAGACGAAGAUGAGAUCACUUCCAGUUUUCGCCGCUUUGGUCACCUGGUGGUUGAUUGGCCACACAAGGCAGAGAGCAAAUCCUACUUUCCUCCAAAAGGUUACGCCUUCCUGCUUUUCCAAGAGGAGACCUCGGUGCAGGCGCUGAUCGAAGCCUGUCUGGAGGAGGACGGCAAACUCUACCUGUGUGUGUCCAGCCCCACCAUCAAGGACAAGCCCGUUCAGAUCCGCCCAUGGAACCUGAGCGACAGUGAUUUUGUGAUGGACGGCUCGCAGCCCCUCGACCCUCGCAAGACCAUCUUCGUAGGCGGAGUUCCACGUCCUCUGAGAGCAGUUGAGUUGGCGAUGAUCAUGGAUCGUCUGUACGGCGGCGUGUGUUACGCCGGGAUCGACACUGACCCUGAGUUGAAGUACCCGAAAGGGGCGGGCCGAGUGGCUUUCUCCAAUCAGCAGAGCUACAUCGCCGCCAUCAGCGCCCGAUUCGUCCAGCUGCAGCACGGAGACAUUGACAAACGGGUGGAGGUGAAGCCGUACGUUUUGGACGAUCAGCUGUGUGACGAGUGUCAGGGCGCUCGCUGCGGAGGCAAGUUCGCGCCCUUCUUCUGCGCCAACGUCACGUGUCUGCAGUACUACUGCGAGUUCUGCUGGGCGAACAUCCACUCGCGCGCCGGACGAGAGUUCCAUAAGCCGCUGGUCAAAGAGGGAGCUGACCGGCCACGGCAGAUUCACUUCCGCUGGAACUAACAAACGUCAAAGAAGCAAGCGACGUCUUCAAGCCCAAGCCCAAGCUAUCAGUAUAGAGCACCUAACAGUAUACAGUAUAUAGAGAUCUAUGGAUAUAUUUAUCUUUAUCUUUUGUAGCAGCCAGAAACACUACAUGCCUCAUUUGUUUCACCAAAUCACACACUUUUCUCCUCUACCCUACCCUCAGUCCCUACAUCUCAGGCUUUUGUGGUACUUUGGUGUUUUGUUUAGUUGUUUUUUUUUAAAGGAGAUUAACAGAAAAGAUUCUUUCUUUUUUUUUCCGAAUUAUUUUUAUAUGUCAGAUUUAACAAGUAGAUAUGAGAAUGUCUUUCGCAUGAGAGGGCAGUCGUCCGUCUGUCUGUCUGCUGCUAAAAAAAAACAAAAAAAAAAACCCCGCCACGGGCAAAGUGCGCAAUCGUCUCUGGAUAAACACUUGAUGAUGUAAUUCUGGGGAGCCCCACGGUAAAGCGGGGAAAUCGUAAAGAACUAGGAGCGUAGAUAUCUGUAAGCUCCUCUGCUGAAAUAGAAGCCUGCAGAGGGUCUUUACCAAAGGUAGCGAAAGAAAAAUAUUCUCACCUUUAUUUUGUCAAUUCUGGAAUGGUCCCGGGGGAAAAAAAACCCCAAACAAAUCUAAUUCCCAGAAUUUUAAAUGUAGUCAAUCAGCCAAGACCAAAAGCCUAGUCAAUUAAUAAUCCAAAAUCUUUUCCUUAAAUAUUUCCCAUAGUCGGAUUAUUAUUAUUAUCAUGCAGUCUACCAUCUUGUUGUUUUUUUUUUUUCAUCGUCAUUCAUCUCCCCUUUGGCUCUGCUUCUUAACCUUUCAGAGCAUAAACAUAGCUGGACAUUAUGUAUGAAAUAAAACACAACAGGACACACCGCUCUAGGAAAAGAAUCAUGACCAUGGUGUGAUGCAUUAGCGUCCCCUAGCAAACAAUGACGUUAUGUCCUGACGUGUUUUAUUUCAUUCACGACCUCUACACAAUGUCCAGUUACGUAUAAUGUCGUACAGCGUAGGCAUUUGUUCAUGUUAAGACUUACGUUUGAGCAGCUGUAAACAAAAACAUAAGGCUAAAAGAUAAGGGGAGGAAACCUUCUGAACAAUCAGAUCUCAUCAUUCAGUAGCGCUUUGGUGUGAUAAUGUGUGACUUUCUUUUACACUGGUCUUCAUUCGACACCAAACACGUCUUGGCUGAUCGACUGCAUUUACGCUAAAUGAAAACUAGCUUCUAUUAAAGCCUGUCCCUUUUAGUUAUUCUCUAUUCUUGAUCUGAAAAAUGACUAAUACCUCACGCCUGCGGUUGUGUCGUAAUUGAACCGCGAGCUAGGUAUAUAAAACGCUUUGCUGCUAUAACGAAUAACUAGACGUAUUAUUGCGAUAUCUAACGGCAUCUUUAGCUGAAAUCGUUACCGAUUACAAUCGAAAUGCAGCGCGUGCUCUCACGCGAGCGUGGAGGAAUGGAACCCGUUUAUGUGUCUUUGCAUCGUUUGCAUGCGUUAGGUUUAGAUAAAAGACACAAAGACACACGAGAUUCAUUUAAACGAUCACUUACAAUACGUAGCAUGAGAGAUUUAAAAAGAUAUUAGGCUCUCAAGUACAAAAUACUAUCACUAACGGUGAGGAAUAUUGCGUCGAAAAACGCAUACCAAACACCUUUGCAUGCUUCGAUAUAGUAAUUUGUUUACACAAAUAGCGUCAUUAGCUCUUCGGUUAGCGCCAUUUAGUGUAUCGUUUAGUGAAGAAUCGGUGUGCCGUCCAGUGCUCUCGUCCGUCUUGUGUGUGGUGUGUGUGUGUGUGUGAGUGGUGUGUGUAUUCACGUCGAUUUUUAGUUUAGAAAUAAUGUAAGUAGCGGAACGUUACAUCAUCGCUACUCUCGGCGUGCCUGUUGCUCACGCAGGUCAGCUGUUGCUAGCUACCAGAAUUCACUGAAUACUCAUUUGAAUAUUGACUCAAAAAGAAGACUCUUUAGAAAAAUGUUAUCUUCAAGCAGCUACCUGAUCUUUUUUUGAUGUAUCCAGGCUGCUAGGGUUUUUAGCAUUCAUGCUAACGUGAAAAUCAUCCAGAAUAACUUGUUCGUUGGAACAGAAAACUUGACUCACUGAAUACUGAGUCGAAAUGAAGAAUCGCUAGAAAGAUACGUUAUAGCUAGCAUAUUUAUUAGCUAGCCUGUGUUUUUUUUUUUUUUUAUCACACAGGUGAGCUAAUGUGUCCAAAAUGUUAGGGUUUUUUAUGCUUCAAAAUUCAUGUUAACACUGUUGAUAAAACUUUGUCGUUCACUGGAGCAGUAAACUCGACUCAGUUGACUCGGAGUUGAGUCAUAAAAAAGAAUCACUAGAAACGUGAACUAACUGCUACAAUAGUUGUUCAAUAGCAAGGCUAAUUCAAAAGGCUAAUUAGCCCAGCCAGCUUGCUUCAUCGCCUGAAGGACAGACAUCGUAGCUGACUUUAUGCUACGCUUUGUUCCGCAUAUUUUGAAUGUUACAUUUGUAAAGCAUUAUGCAGAGGUGCCAAUAUUUUACACUUUAGCCGUAGCAUUGUUGUUCCGAAUUCUAUCCCCUCGCUAGAUGCCUAAGAACUAUGAUUUCCAUUAAUGACUAGCGCUUAUCUUGUAUUUUUGUUUCAAAAAUAAAACAAUAUUUUAAUAUAUUUGAAUAUAUUUAUUCGUGCUAGGAUUUUCUCGUUAGCAACGUUGACACCUCUGCAUCAUGCUAAAAAACCAACAACCAAGAAAUUUUCUCAGCGCCGAUACGAGGAACACGCAAACCUCCUUCAUCCAGUGAGACCACACUGUGUGAAGACACGACUAUCAAGAAACGAGGAGAGAUCGUUUCGCAAAACCGAUGACAUUCUGGCAGGUCAUUAAACAUAGCGCUAAGUGAACGUCAGUCGUAGCUUUAGCUGUGUAGUUACCAGACCGUGCGGAACCAAUAUUUGUCUUUCGUAAUGGAUGUCCUUCUCGUCUUCUUCUUCUAUUUCUUUCCACACGGAUAGAAACGUUGACAAUUAACUAAGCGGAGACGUCGAUUGGAGUUAAUUCAGGCGCACAUGGACCUAAAAGAAGGACUUUUUUAAAAAAGUUUUUAAAUUUAAAAAUGCAACCCGAUAACUUUUGUUUGUAGUUUUCUGCGCAGAUUUUCGUCGUCUGGUCUCUGUAAUGAAGUGCAACUUUGUAGACAGUGUUAGGGACAAUCUGUGUGGACGCCGGCCGGCGCGCUACGCCACGUUUCGGUACUGUACUCACUGUAGUCGCUCUCUGCGUACCUAGCUUAAGCUAGCUAGCCUUCUUUCUCGCUGUCUCGCUGUGCUUGUGGCGUUGGUGAUAUGUUCAGUGCCCUUUGUGUGCUCAGUGACCUUGAUUUGCAUCUUUUUGCGUUUUUAAAAAAAAAAAAAUUAUUUAUUACUAAGUAUUUAUUCACGUCCGUUGUCACACAAUCACGUGCACUACUGUACUCUACGUCCGUAGCACAUCAGUGUUAUCGGAUCGAUAUUGAAGUCUACUGUAAACUCCAACACACACACACACACACACCUAAAAGGAGAAAAAAAUGAUUCACUUUUAUUUUGCGUCUUUGUAAAACUACCUUUUUUUUUAUUAACUAUACCAGAUUAUUUAAUAACGUUUAUUCGUGCUAACUUAUUUGAAAUUUGGUGGACACAAUAACGUGCGAUCGAGUCGUAUAUAUAUAUAUUAUGGGACGUGAACGAUGGUUAAAGAGAGAGAAGGGAAAAAAAAAACAGACGUGUGUCCCGAAUUCGAUGAAGGAACGUUCUAAUAGUGUCAAGUAAAUCCCUUUAACACUCUGCUGUAGCUGGAGUUUGUGCUCAGUACUGUGUCCUCUUUCUCUCUCUCUCUCUCUCUCUCUCUCUCUCUCUCUCUCUCUCUCUCUCUCUUUUUCUCUCUUUCUCUCUCUCUCUUUUUCUCUCUCUCAUACACAAUUUCUCUCACUCUCUUUCUUGCUCUCAUACACAGUUUCUCUCACUCUCUUUCUCUCUCAUACACAAUUUCUCUCUCUCUCUCUCUCUCUCUCUCUCACACACAAUUUCUUUCUUUCUUUCUUUCUUUCUUUCUUUCUUUCUUUCUUUCUUUCUCAGUCUCUCUCUCUCUCUGUCUCUCUCUCUGUCUCUCUGUCUCCCUUUUUCCUCAUUCCCUCUCUCACACAAUCUCUCUCUCUCUCUCUCUCUCUCUCUCUCUCUUUCUCUCUCCCUCGUUUUACCCCCGUUUUUAAUUUUUUUAUUUUGUUGUUUUUCCUCGUCUUUUGUACGAAGUCGUAUUUAUUUCUAUUUUUGUAGAUUGGAUUGUAUUUUUCUAUUUCACUUCUUCUUCUUCACCCCCCCCCAAUUAUUUAUGAUUCAUCAGGUGGAAAUAUAUGAAAAGAAAAGAAAAAACCAACACGUUCAAUCAAACCACCCAUGCAAUGAUGUGUACAGUCCUAGAUUCAUUAAUAUAUAGUUGCUUUUGAACAUUUUAAUGUGAUUUAAACCUAAUAUAUUGAGUUACUUUUAUUAUAUAUUUUGAAGGUUUUUUUUUUUUUUUUUUUAAAUCUAAUUAUUAUUCUUAUUCUUCUUAUUAUUAAUUUUCAUGGAAAACACUUGAGCCUCUCCGUCUGUCCCCCUCACUGACGUGCAGAAACUUGAACACACUUUGAAAGGCUGACUAACCUCGGAUCUGUGUCGUGUCGUGCAAUACCGUUUCUAACGUUUGUAUAAAAGAAUAGUGAGAAUUACAGUGUAUACCUUUUUAAACGCAGAUUUAUUUUUGUCAUUGCCUAUUUUGCAGAGUUCCGAUUCACGGUUGUCAUUUUUUUACGGUCGGAAAAAAAAGACGAACCCCUUUUUUUCAUUGCGACUAUUUUUAAAAAAAAACAAAAGCAAAAAAAAAAAACAACAACAACAACAACAACCCAGAUCUCUUUGUAAUGAUGUAAAUGAUUGUAGUUUAUUUUGGAUAGCGUUUUGCUAAGAAAAAAAAACAAAACAAAAGGAGACUUUUUCAUGCAUUUCUAUUUCAUUUCAUCUUGUUUUAUCCUUUCUUUUUUCUUUUUUUAUUUCACUUUAAUAGUGUCGAAAAAAUACUUGGAAUAAUUUUUCAUAUAUGUCAUUAACAUUAUUUUGUAUUUUUAUGUGGAGAUAUAUAAAUAUCUAAUUUUAUGAUGCUAAUUGCUAAGAUGUUAUUCAUUUGAAUUAUUUUUCAAGCUGAGAUCUUUGUAAUAUCGUUAACGUUACUAGUUUCUAAAUCAGAGUUUGUGUACAGAUCUGCUCGAGCGGGUUUAUGAAGUGGUCAGAUUGUAAUUAUUACUGAAUGGAUCUUUGAUAUGCAAAAUGAAUAUGAUGUUGAUUUUUAUUUUGGUUUGGUUAUUACUAUUAUAAUAUUAAUAUUAUUAUUAUUUUUUUGUAUUUAAAUGGGGUGUUGAUUCCAAUCUUUUAUUUCGUAUUUCAGUUUCAUGAAUAAAGAGCCGUUCUGUUCGGACACA